CCGAGCUUCUUUUGUUGAUCGUUGAUCGUUGAUCGUUUGGGGAUGGGAGCAGGAUGAGACAAGAUGGGGAGAUGUACACAGUAUAUAAGGCCUCAUUGUCUCAACCGGAUACUUCUCAAGUUGAGUCAAUAAGUCUAUUCAGAGUAUCUCACACCCUCCUUGCCUUCACUUUCCUUCUUCUUAUUUAUUAUACUUUCUCUCCAUACUUUCUUUCCUUUGUCCGGACUGUGUCUAUUCACAUCUACACUCCUUCGCUGCAAAGCACCUUAUAAUCAUUGUCCAGCCCAAAGUCGACCUUGUCCUCGCGACCUCGAGCACACAGACACAUACAUACACCAGCACACCCACAUUCACAGAAUCCAAACCAUCAACAAAAUGCCCCCCUACGGCCUCCUAGGCGCAACCUUCCUAAUCGCGCGCCUGAUCCAAAUGUGCAGCCUGAUCACCAUCAUCGGCCUCACAGCCAACUUCAUCUCAGAAAUCGUGUCCAACAACGCCACCCCCCCAGCCAUCUUCAUCGGCACCAUCACAGUUACAAGCAUCGCCGUAAUCUACGCUCUAAUCACCACAAUCCUCUACUACGACAACAUCCUCCCCUUCCUGGCCGCCGCCGUCCUGGACACGCUGCUCCUCAUCGCCGUGAUCGUGGUGGCCGUCAUCCUGGGCAAACCGCUGUCGUACCUGCAAUGCACGAAGAUCGGGAGCAGCAGCAGCAGCAACAACAACAACUCUUCGGCUUACACCUUUGCCACGCAUCUGAGCAGUUACCUCGACCAUCUGGAUGGGAAAGUCAACUACAGCAAUUGGAUCGGGGCGACCAAGGCGGUGUGUUUGGAGGCCAAGUCGAUUUGGGGGUUGAGUAUUGCUUUAUGUAUCAUGUUCUUCUUCUCCGCGAUCUGUGGGAUCGUUCUCUGGCGACAGAAGAAGGCGGCUGGGGUGGAGAAGUUGGAGGGGUAGAGGAUGAUGAAAUGCUGUUGCGCAAUGGAUUCAUGGGGUGAAGAUGCAAAGAUAAGUAAUGCUGACCUGCUGCUGCUGGUGGUGGUAACAGUGGCGUUGAUGUGCAGAAAUGCUUGUUUGUUUGUUUGGACUGUACCACAACGGUGGACCUUUCUUGUUCUCAGGUUUCUCAUUUGGAUAUCGCUCCUGCCUUCAAGUUUCCCUUCAUUUCAUCCACCGUCCUUCCACUCGUGUACUUUGGAUUCUGUUCUGUUUCCCAUUUUCUAUUUCCAGCCUUAAUACUCCAGCUAAUACACCCACGCCCCGGAAUUAUAUAUACUGUACCAGCUCAGCACCCCCAAAAAAACAAAUAACAUAGUCCAACCAAAACUAGAACCAAUAUAAUCGGCCAUAA